AUCCAAUCCAACGACACGGUUCCCAUGACACAAAGGGCUGGGCAUUUGGCCCGCAAGCUUCGGGAGGCAAAGAAAGUCAGUCUGGCAGCCCGCUAGUUCUCGCCACAGGGUCCUGGGUCCCGAGAGUGCUGAUCAUUUCAAACCCUGAACAUUAAAGAUUGGAAUCGUGCAUUGGAUGCUGGAAACUGACUUGGAGAAAACUGCGACAGAAGGGAAAUGGCGGUUCUGCAAAGGUUGCCCCAGAACAGAACGCUGGUCCUGCUGUGCCUUCUUUUGUCGGCCCUGUGGGAGGCCGGGGCCGGACAGAUUCGCUACUCUGUGCCAGAAGAGAUCGACAAAGGCUCCUUCGUGGGCAACAUCGCCAAGGACCUGGGGCUGGAGCCCCGGGAGCUGGCAGAGCGCGGAGUCCGCAUCGUCUCCAGAGGUAGGAUACAGCUAUUUGCUCUGAACCCGCGAGGAGGCAGCUUGGUCACCGCGAGCAGGAUAGACCGGGAGGAGCUCUGCGCUCAGAGCGCGCGGUGUCUUUUGCAUUUUAAUAUACUCCUGGAAGAUAAAUUGACUAUUUAUUCAGUAGAGGUGGAAAUAACAGAUAUUAACGAUAAUGCCCCUCGCUUUGGAGUAGAGGAACUGGAGCUAAAAGUCAGUGAAACGACUACUCCAGGAUUCCGGAUUCCUCUUAAGAGUGCGCAUGAUGCGGAUGUAGGCGAGAACACCCUUCAGAAGUAUGAACUCAACGCAAAUGACCACUUCUCCCUGGAUGUGCGAAGCGGAGUGGAUGGGAACAAGUACCCAGAGCUGGUGCUGGAGCGCGCCCUGGACCGCGAGGAAGAGGCUGUGCACCACCUAGUUCUCGUGGCUUCCGACGGGGGUGAUCCUGUCCUGUCUGGCACCUCCCGCAUUCGCGUGAAGGUCCUGGAUGUGAACGACAACGCGCCUGUUUUUACACAACCCGAGUACCGUGUAAGUGUUCCAGAGAAUAUGCCCGUAGGCACCCGGAUACUCACGGUGACCGCUACUGACGCAGAUGAGGGACACAACGCUCAAGUGACAUAUUUUCGAGAGAAAACUCCUGGAGAAACCUCAGAAGUAUUUGAGCUUAAGUCGACAACUGGAGAUAUAACAAUCAUAAAAAAUCUAGACUAUGAGGAUGCUAAAUUCCAUGAAAUCGAUGUUGAAGCACAGGAUGGUCCAGGCCUUCUGACCAGAACAAAGGUUAUCGUCACAGUUCUGGAUGUGAAUGACAACGCCCCAGAAUUUGACUUGACAUCUGCCACUAGCUCAGUUCCUGAAGACUCUCCUCCAGGAACCAUAAUUGCUCUUUUCAAUGUACACGAUAGAGACUCUGGGGAGAAUGCAUUUAUCACAUGUUCACUCCCAGAAAAUCUUCCUUUCAAGUUAGAAAAGUCAGUGGACAAUUACCGCCGAUUGGUUACAACCAGGUCCCUUGACAGGGAACAGUUUUCCUUUUACAACAUCACUCUAACCGCAGAAGAUGGAGGAAACCCCUCCCUGUCCACGGAUGCCCAUGUUCUGCUGCAGGUGGCGGACAUCAACGACAACCCACCCUCUUUCCCCCACACAGCCUACUCUGCCUACUUUCCUGAAAACAACCCCAGAGGUGCCCCCAUCUUUUCACUGACGGCCCAUGACCCCGACAGCGACGACAAUGCUCAUGUGACUUACUCUCUCAUAGAAGACACCGUUCAAGGGGUGCCCCUAUCUUCAUACAUCUCCAUCAACUCUGACACUGGGGUCCUCUACGCACUACGCUCCUUUGAUUAUGAGCAAUUCCAAGACUUGCAACUGUGGGUAACAGCACAGGACAGCGGGAGUCCCCCACUCAGUAGCAAUGUAUCAUUAAGCCUGUUCGUGCUGGAUCAGAAUGACAAUGCACCUGAGAUCCUGUACCCCACCCUGCCCACUGAUGGUUCCACAGGCAUGGAGCUGGCGCCCCGCUCUGCAGAGCCUGGCUACCUGGUGACCAAGGUGGUGGCAGUGGACAGAGACUCAGGCCAGAAUGCCUGGCUAUCCUACCGCCUGCUCAAGGCCAGCGAACCCAGGCUCUUCACAGUGGGGCUGCACACAGGCGAGGUACGCACGGCACAGACCCUGCUGGACAGAGAUGCACUCAAGCAGAGCCUUGUGGUGGCCGUGCAGGACCAUGGCCAGCCCCCUCUCUCGGCCACCGUCACACUCACUGUGGCCAUGGCUGACAGUAUCCCUGAGGUCCUGGCCGACCUGAGCAGCACCAGAUCCCUAGCUAACCCUGAUGAUUCGGACCUCACGCUCUACUUGGUGGUGGCAGUGGCUACUAUCUCCUGUGUCUUCCUUGCCUUUGUCAUCAUGCUGCUGACCCUCAGACUUCGGCGCUGGCACAAGUCACGCCUGCUCCAGGCUUCUCGAGGUGAGUUGGCACACGUGCCCACCUCACACUUUGUGGGAGUGAGUGGGGUGCAGGCCUUCCUGCAGACCUAUUCCCAUGAGGUGUCCCUCACUUCGGACUCGAGAAAGAGUCACCUGAUAUUUCCCCAGCCCAACUACGCAGAUACACUCAUCAGCCAGGAAAGCUGUGAGAAAAAGGAUUUUCUAUCAGCACCUCAAUCUCUACUCGAAGGCGAAAGAGAAGAAACAUUUUCUCAGGUAAUCUGUUUUUUCACAAUAUACUUAUUAGCUAGUUUGCUAAAAUAAAUAAAUUUACCUAUUUAUUUAAUUGCCUCCACUGUUUACUAUCUAUUUUAUUCCCCAUAUGUUUCC